CACUCUUCACUGCUGCAGUUUCAGAGCUUCACAACGCUGCAGCUCACACUGAGUUUACUCAGCACCUCUGGAAGUACUUUUAGUUUUUAAACAAGUUUAUUAUUUAAUUCAGACGUCUUUAGUGCCUUGGGAAAGAACUUUUCCCCACGUUUUUUUUUUUUUAACCUCUUCGAAAUAUUUUAGCUUAGCUUCCUUUUAAUAGCGUUAAUUAGCCGCAGUUUGUGUCAGAAGCUUUUACCGCUCUGAGGCUAAUGUAGAACCAGGAGCUCCCUUCUUUACCGGCCUUUUUUUGUUUUUUUUUGGACUUGUGUGGAGACUGUCAUGCCAGUGGAAGAGUGAGGCUGUGAGGAUAUCCGGUCAGUGUGUGUGUGUGUGUGUGUGUGUGUGAGACUGAGUGUGUGUGUGAGUGGCCAUGACCCCGAGAGGAAGCCGUCCUGUACCGGAGAACUGUGCGGCGGCCGCCGUGUGCUCGCGCUGCGCCGCUAAAAUCACGCCUUACUUCAGCGACAACGCAGUGGCUUCAUACGACCAGAUCAACCAGCUUAUCGGUGAGAAUUUCCUAACAGUCAAAGGAGCUGCCCUGUUCUUACCCCGUGGAAAUGGCUCCUCACCUUCCUCUGUGCCCCGCAUCACACAGCGGCGCAACAAGCACACAGGUGAUCUCCAGCAACACCUGCAAACCAUGUUUACUCUACUGCGGCCAGAGGACACCAUCCGGCUGGCGGUGCGGUUGGAGAGUGCCUACCCUCAGUGUACACGCUAUAUGGUGGUGGUGUCCACCAAUGGAAGGCAGGACACUGAGGAGAGCGUGGUCCUUGGCAUGGACUUUACCAACUCAGACUGCAGUCAGUGCACAGUUGGUCUGGUCCUACCCCUGUGGAGUGACACUCUGAUUCACUUGGAUGGAGAUGGAGGCUUCAGCGUGUCCACUGCCAACAGAGUCCAUAUCUUCAAACCCGUGUCCGUCCAGGCCAUGUGGUCAGCACUGCAGUCCUUACACAAAGCGUGUGAGGUAGCUCGGUGCCAUAAUUACUACCCAGGAAGCCUCUUUUUGACGUGGGUUAGUUACUACCAGACCCAUAUCUCCUCUGAGCAGCACUGCAUCAACGAGUGGAAUGCCAUGCAGGACGUGCAGUCCCAUCGAUCUGACUCACCUGUGCUGUUCACUGACCUGCCAACAGAGAGAGAGCGCACAGAAAGGCUGAUCAAGACCCGUCUGAGAGAGAUCAUGAUGCAGAAGGACCUGGAGAAUGUAACUUCUAAGGAGAUACGCUCAGAGCUAGAGAUGCAGAUGGUCUGUAACCUACGGGAAUUCAAAGAGUUCAUUGAUAACGAGAUGAUAGUAAUCCUGGGCCAGAUGGACAGCCCCACAGAAAUCUUUGACCAUGUGUAUCUGGGUUCAGAGUGGAAUGCAUCCAAUUUGGAUGAGCUCCAAAACAGUGGGGUUCGCUACAUCCUGAAUGUGACACGGGAGAUUGAUAACUUCUUCCCUGGUCUUUUUGAGUACCACAAUAUCCGUGUGUAUGACGAAGAGGCCACUAACCUCUUGGAGUACUGGAAUGAUACCUACAAGUUCAUCUCCAAAGCCAAGAAAGCAGGGGUGAAAUGUCUGGUGCAUUGUAAGAUGGGUGUGAGCCGCUCUGCCUCCACUGUGAUUGCAUAUGCAAUGAAGGAGUACGGCUGGGAUCUGGACCGAGCCUAUGAGCAUGUGAAAGAGAGGCGUGCCGUCACCAAACCCAAUCCCUCCUUUAUGAAGCAGCUGGAGGAGUAUCAGGGCAUUCUCUUGGCCAGCAAACAGAGGCACAAUAAGUUGUGGCGAUCUCACUCGGACAGUGAUCUAUCCGAGCAGCAGGAACCUGUGUGUAAGAGCCCACAUUCUGACCCACAUAACCAGCAACACAAGCCCAAUGGCACUCGCUCUGUAAAUAAUGUGCUCCAGACAAUCAACAGUUCACAGCCUGGAACAGAAAACACCCACAGCGACCCAUCUACACACCCUACAAGUCAGAAAAACCCAGAGCGGCCAUGCGAGGAACCCUUGCUCGCAACUCUCCCACGUGCACGUGCAGCCACUGUAGUGCCUGAGCAGAAUUUGGCAGACAGCUGCUGUCUCAAAGUGGAAGUGACGGAGCCCAUCACUCACCCUCAGCCUCUGCCUUCCCUUCAUGUCCUUCCUCGCUCCCUGUCUACCUCUCUCCAUGGGCACAAGUCACCGGCUGUGCCUGAGCCAAAAAUAGACUCGGAUAAGCUGUCCCUGGAUGUGCCUGAUCAAAAUGACUCUUUUAAAAACUCUCAUUCCUCUGGGACCCUGAGCUUGGCAUUGUGUUUGGAUACUGUGAGUAGUGUUACUGAAACAGGAGGUGAUUUAGCAUCUUCCAGAACUCCCCUGGCUAUUAGCCCCUGCGAAGUUCCUCUAGAGUCAAGAUGUUCCACUAGCAAUAGCUCAGAGAGCUGCAGUAGUGGCGAGACAGAUCAGAGGACGGGCAGCUCUACCAGCCUUGGCACAGAUAGCAUUGACUUCUUCAGUGCUAGGGAGAAGUUCCUGGGCUUGUCUCGGGAUGGCCAGACCAGCUCACUUUAUGAAGCGAUGACUCCACGCAUGGCUCAGUCCCAAAACCCCAGCCUAUGCCUGGAGGAAUCAAGCACAGCGGCAGCCAAGGAGGGUUCCUCUCAUUCAGAAAGCUCCUGUGAAGCUGAAGCCCCUCCCCCAGCAGAGCCCGACCUCGUUCUCAGUGAUAACAGUGUAUCAGUGCGACACAUUGUGUCUGAACUGGAGUCUGUUUCUUCCCAACAGCCUCCAUCCCACAGCCCUGAGCAGCCCGCAGUCCAGGAAGAGCAGGUGGAGAAAGAGGAGGUGGAACAGGAACCAGAGAGAACAUCCCUCCCUCCCUCCACCUCCUCUCCUCCAUGUGAGCAGCCAGAGCAGGAGAGCCUCCUCUCUCACUCUUCUCCUCACUCAGCCUGCACGGACGAUGCAGACUCGCAGCAGCUCUCUAAUCCACCAGGAGGCGCUGAUUCCAUCAAGGCAGAAGCAGAAGAGCAUGGAGAGGAGGCACGGCCACUGGACGAUGACGACUCUGGUAUAAUCCCAGACCCGUCUCUCUGCACGGCCACUGUGUGCCCAAGUCUAGAUCCCAGCUCCUCCUCGUCUUCCCUGCUGUGGCUGGAAAGUGAUGCUGAGGAUGUGACGACAAGGCCGCAUGACUUGCACAAGAUCCAGGAGACGCUGCGAGAGCUGCAGGCCUUCCUGUACGAGGCUGGAGGGAUGGAGGCCUGCUUCAACUACAGCCAGCAGCUCAAGAACACACAUGGCUCCACAGAAUCACAGCCCCGGACCCCAGCCGUGUGGCAGAAGGCCAUGGAGAUGGAGGCUCGGAUCAGGCAGGCUGGUCUCACUCCACCCUCACUUAUGAAACGCUCAGCCUCACUAGCCAAACUUGACCAGCUUGAGCUGUCCACGCACGACCUGAACGACUGGGACUUCCGAUCUGAAGUGCCUUCCUCUCCCUCCUCCUCUUCCUCUUCGCAUUCACAUUUGCUCUCCAGCAGUCAUGAUGAGGUCCAUAAGAAGCAGCGUGUUCUACCUCAGACCCUCUCAGAGGCAAACAGAACUGAAACCUCCUGCCACACCCCAUUUUCCUGCCCACAGCACAAGCAAGGUGGCAGCAUGGGGCAGCUCACACACACCUCAGCCCCACCCGCUGUCUCUGUGUGCACGCAGCAGCAGCAGCACACGAAGCCACACCCCAUACGCCGGCCACGCAAAACAGCGGACAAGAAAAAGACAGUUACUGUGCUGUACAAUACCAUGUGACCCAUAAUGAACGAUCACGGCAGGGAUGAUAUCUGUGUGCCAUAGAGGUGCUCUGUUACUAACUGGUGGAUUCGUGAGAUCCACUUGUAAGCUAAACCUGUGAGCGUAUGCUACUGUAUUUGACGUGUAAUAUUAGUGUAUGCAAAUAUGUGCCCCUUUCAAAUAUGACUGCAAAUGAAGGGGCUUGUUUCUCAAAACAUGCACUUUACUAACUUGUUUUUAUUUGUAAUAUUGUUAUUAUUGUUUUUCUCCUUUUUUUUAGUUUGUGUUUUUAUUCCAGGAUUUUUUUUUUUGCACUGAUAUGACAAGUAGCCUAUCUGUGUGUACGUAGCUGUGUGUGCUGAUCUGGUUUUUGCUGGAAAACAGAGACAACUUUAUGUAAUUUUUUUUAUACUGUGGCUAUUAAAUAAAUAAAAUACACACUUUUUUUUA